GUAUCAUGUCUCUGUGGCUCAGCUUCUUGUCUCUUGUGUGGCUGUUGUCCCUCUACCAAGAAUUCAACUGUAACACGCCUCAGCUUCACCUUGUUUCUCUUCCUGGGGACAUUAGUGUCCAUCAUCAUGAUAAUUCCAGGAGUCGAAGAAAAGCUGCACAAGCUUCCUGGAUUCUGCGAAGGAAGCAGUUCACCUGUCGGCAUCAAGGUUGACUGUAAGGCCUUCCUGGGACUCAAAUCGGUGUACCGCAUGUGUUUUGCCACAGCUUCGUUCUUCUUCUUCUUCGCCCUGCUGAUGCUCUGUGUCAGGAGCAGCAAGGAUCCCCGAGCCUCAAUACAGAACGGGUUUUGGUUCUUCAAGCUCCUGAUGCUAAUUGGAAUAACCGUGGGUGCCUUCUAUAUUCCCGAUGGAACAUUCACAUCUGGAGCUAAGGGGUGUAUCAGGCAAAUCUUCAGCAUGUUGAGCAAAUGCCUCAUAUAUUCUACACUGCCAGAUCUAAUACCAAAUCUUCCCCCCUCCUCCUCUUCCGUAGCUCUGUUUGUCUUCACCUUUCUGUUGUACGCUGUCUCCAUUGCUGCCAUCGUGCUACUCUACGUCUAUUACACCAAAUCAGAUGGCUGUACCACAAGCAAGAUCUUUAUCAGUCUCAAUCUCAUCUUCUGCAUUGUGGUCUCCGUGGUCUCCGUACUGCCCAAGGUCCAGGAUGCUCAGCCUCAUUCUGGCCUUCUCCAAGCCUCCAUCAUUACUCUCUACACCAUGUAUGUCACCUGGUCAGCUUUGGCCAACGUACCAGAGAAACACUGCAAUCCCACUCUCCUGAUCAGGGUGGCAAUGAACAGCACAGCAGGCCUGCCUGAGGCUGGCCAACCAACUCAGUGGUGGGAUGCUCCAAGCAUUGUAGGCCUAAUCAUAUUUGUCUUCUGCACUUUCUUCAUAAGCAUCCGUUCCUCCGACCACACACAAGUGAACAAGAUGAUGCUCACAGAAGAAAGCCCAGCUAUGCUAGGGGGUGGAAACACUAACCUUGAAGAUGGGGUGAACCGGGCUUAUGACAACGAAGAGGAAGGCGUGUCUUACAACUACACCUUUUUCCAUAUCUGCCUCUUCCUGGCCUCCCUCUACAUCAUGAUGACACUUACCAACUGGUAUAGGCCUGAUGAAAGCCGCCAAGAGCUGACCAGCCCAUGGACUGCUGUCUGGGUGAAGAUUUCAUCCAGCUGGGUUGGGCUUCUCCUGUAUCUUUGGACGUUGAUUGCCCCACUUGCACUUCCAGACCGUGACUUCAGCUGAAAACUUUCAAAGAGUGCCAACUUCCCAAGGGAAAAAGUUACACAGUGCCAUGAGAAAUAAGCGAGCGAUGUCAAUACUUAUGGUUUGAGUGUUAGGUAUGGGCUCUCAAGCUUAUGAAGGCAGAAGUGACCAAUCCUCCUCUUUCCUGUGUCUUAUAUUCACAAAUCUACAAAUCUUUUUGUGCAUUGAAAAAUUUCUUUUUUUAAAAAAAGUUAAGCUCAUACACACACACACA